GGUGGGCAGGGCACGCAGUGGAAACCUGAGCGAGAUGCGCCUUGCGACGCCUGGCAAGCCCUUCCUUUCCCCCGGAGAAGGGUUUGCAUGCGGACGGUUCUUCUUUCCUUGGUGGCGCGCUUUUCUCCUUCGAGCGAGAAAGACCUCUUGGGAAGCAGAUCAGAUUAUUUAGCUGCUGAAGAAUAGCUCGUCUCUGCCGUCGUCAUGGGAUCUGGUUUGAUCUAUGCAUCUGUGCUCCUCCUGUGCUUCUGGUUACGUGAAGGGAAUUCACAGAACCUCAUCAAUGACCAAAAGAUGAAGACGACCCUCCUGAUCAAUGAGGUCAACGCAGAUAAUCCAGGAGAUGACACCAUGGAGUAUUUGGAACUCUACCAUGUCAGCGGACAAAGAGUCGCUUUGAACGGAUAUCAUUUAGUCCUCUACAACGGGAAGGGAAAUGUAGCCUACAAAGUCUUGGAUCUUGGCAACCUUUUCACAGAUGACCAGGGUUUUCUCCUGGUUGGGUCUGGCAACCUUGUCCCAAGGCCAGCUAUCAUCCUCCCGAAGGGCAGCAUCCAGAACGGGCCGGAUGCAAUUGCUCUCUAUUUUGGGAGGUCGAACUUGUACGUAGGCAUGCCUGUAAACAAUGAAAAUUUGGUAGAUGCUUUGGUUCAUAAAUCUAACAAAAGGGACAAAGCUGAUGAGUUGGUUCGCGUUCUGACCCCUGGCACAGAACCUUUCUUAGAGGACCCUUCAUUCCGGAUCACCGAUGAUGAGUCUAUGGAGAGGUGCCAAGGGAUGGAUUCUCAAAGGUUCUUCCAACUAGGGGCACCAACUCCAGGCUCAGAUAACCACUGCAUUCCUUUCUCACAGCUGAACGCCUCCGUUGGACUGAUCAAUGAGGUUAAGUUGGCCUCCUUUCCUGGAGACGCUGAGUUUGUGGAGCUCCAAGGCCACCCUUCCGUAGAGGUGAAGGACCUGGUGCUGGUGCUGGUGGAAGGAAGCACCCAAAAGAUCUACUCUGUCAUGGAGGUCAAGGGUGAAACGUCUCCUGAUGGGUUACUUCUGUUGGGUUCAGGACUGUCCAAAAUUCCAGAGGGCGCAGCUCACUUUCAGAAUUUCACUUUCCACCAGAAUUCCAGCACCACCUCCCUUCUCAAAGCAGGAACCAACGCCAUUGCCCUCUAUGGUGGGUCCAUCAGCCACUUUGUGGUGGGCUCCAGAAUCACGUCGACACCAGCUCUUCUGGAUGCCUUGGUGUACACAAUGGUGGAGCAGCUGGGUUCGGAGCUGCUGGACAUCUUGAGCCCUGGGAAGCCUCCCUUCUACGUGAGCAAACAAUCCCAGGCGGCUGGUGCAUCUGUCAGCCGGUGCCUCUGCUGCUCCGUCUCCGGCGAUUCCUCCUCUUAUGCCCUCACCAAGCCCACACCUUUGCAGUUCAACGACUGCCCGAAGAUGCGCUUUAGCCAAAAAGUUUCCUUUUGUUUUCACGUAACAGAUUGCCAACUGAAACCUCAGGACGAAAGCACGAUACAGAGAGUUUUGGCCCAGUCUCUAGAGAAACGAUGCAACUGCAGCUUUUCCCCAGCGUAUUUCAAAGAUCCUGUUUUAACCUGUGAAGGCAGAGAAAUGACUUUCACUGCCGUCAUGAGUGCCCGGUCAACAGACCAGCUGGACCGUGAGUUGCAGUCCCUCUCAAUGAUGGAGAAGAGUGAAGAACGGUUUCGUUUUGGAAACCAGAACAACAGUAUGGCGAUGAAGACUUGUUCAAGCAGUGCAGAUGGGACAGGCACACCUCCAGAUGUAACUUCAGAAGAACCACAGACAACUGGAGAGCCUCCAACUCCAGCCCUGGAGUUGCUUAUCAACGAAAUUAACGCGGACAAUCCUGGCUCUCGAGAAGACACGGAAUACAUUGAGCUCUUCUACCCAGGACAUGCACCGUUUUCACUCAAGAAUUACUGGCUCGUUCUGUACAACGGCAAGAACAACUUAGCUUACCAAGUCUUGAACCUGACGGGCUACUCAACCAACGAGCGGGGCUACUUCCUGGUAGGGAGUGCUGGAGUGACCCCCAAGCCUUCGCUCCUCUUGCCAGAUUCCACCAUCCAAAAUGGCGUAGACGCGGUGGGGCUCUACCGCAGCGCCAACCCUGUCUAUAAAAAUGACAUGCAGGUGACAGUCGACGGGCUGGUUGAUGCUGUGGUGUACCGAGCCCGUGGUGCACAGAAAGCGGACAAGCUCGUGGCUCUUCUCACUCCUGGGCAGCAUAUCCUCCAUGAAAAUGACUCUCAUAGCACCGAGGACGAGUCCCUCAGCCGAUGCCUCAGCCUGAAGCCCAGAGAUCCCAAGAGCUUCCAGUUGACUGAAAUAACGCCUCUUGGGGAAAACGCUUGCGUGUCCUUCAACUUGAAUCUCUCCAAAGAGGGGAUCCAUAAUUCUUCAGCCGUCAUCAGCGAAGUGGGCCUGGCCAACGACUCGUUUCUAUACAAGUUCAUUGAGCUGAAAGGGAAUCCCGGAGACAGCUUGAAAAAAUACACAUUGCACUUCUUCGGAAAACAUAGCCGGCCAUACAACAGCAUCCACCUGCAAGGAAAAUUUGGAAGCGGGGGUCUUUUCAUCAUCAUGCCAGGGCCAGUGUCCCUAAGUGAUAAGCCUGAUGAGCAGUUGGUGAUGCCCACUCUCUGGAAUCGUCCAUUCCCGAAGCAGGAGACCCUAACUGUAGCCCUAUUCAGCCGGAAAGUACGACUUCAAUAUGGCACUCCAAAUAUGGCUGAGAAACUAGAAGAUAGUUGGACAUGGAACCCUGAUGCAGUCUCCCAAAUACCCUCUAUGUCUGGGAAAAGAGAAAGAAUCUGGUCAUUGAGUUACUGCCCUUUUUGCAAGGAAAACUUUCUCAUCUCCAACCCCACCCCAGGGAUGGAGAACAGUUGUCCACAAGAGUCUCUGUCCUUGGAUCUUAGGAUGUGCCUAUGGACACCAAACUGUUCCUUCUGGCUUCAAAAUCCACAGCUACAAGCUCACUUCCAGCAGACACUAGUGAGAUCCAUGGAAGAUACCUGUUUAUGUGCGAUCUCUCUCUGCGCUCUGCAAGAACUGAAUUUCACCUGCUCAGAGACCACCUUGAAACUGUCCGGUCGUAUGCUGGCCAGGUCACCGGAAGAGCGGCAGCUCCUUAUCCAAUGGCAACAGAAUUUCUCCUUACAUUCCCACCCAUAUUCUGUGGAUGGGAUAGUCCUCAGAAAUAAUGCACCCUGCGCAUCUUCUAGUGAAGGGGUACCAAUAUCUAAAGCUCCGUUUCAAGCCUGGGAAAUUGCUUCUUUGACCUUGGGUUCCAUGUUUCUCAUACUGCUGUUAAUCGGGGGAACUGUCUAUUGUAUAAAAAGACCACAGAAUUACAAUAACAUUGAAUUGAAUGAUCGCUGUGAGAUUCUUUCAGCCAUCUGACUCUACCAGGAAGUGCCUCCGGCUAUUUUGGGAUCUAACAAAGAGGUAAAUCUCAGAAGAAGGUUCCAGCCAACUGACCGCCGUGUCAACGGAUUAAAUUCCCGGAGUAUUUAUUUAUUUUGAGGAGGAUGUUUUUAUGUGUGUGAGAAAACCUACCUCUUUGUCUCUAUAAGCAUAUCUCACUGCCAGGUUGGGUGAAAAAUUGGUGGAGGUGCCAUGAUAUUUCCCCCACCCAACAUAAAAAAAUGUGUAGCCAAAUUUCCUCCUCCCUAAUUUAUCAGUGGGAGGUAAAGUGCUCUGCUCAUCACAAUCAGGGAAAGAGGGAGAGGGGGAGAGAGGGGGAGAGAGAGAGAGGGAGAGGG